UGUCUUCCUGUCUUCCUGAAGCAGCUGAUGAAAGUGGUUGCUUGUUUUAAAUUGUCUUCUCUUACAGAGAUUUCUCACAUUAAAAAACUUUACGGAAGCCAGGCAUAUGGUUUUAACUUAACCCGGUCAAAUAAGAAUUAAUAUACGAGACCGGGACACAUAGUGAAGCAGUUCGGAUGUUAAAAAUUAAAUGUAUUUUUUAUUUUUCAAAAACGGCAGCCUAGUGAUAAUAACACAUACAAUUCGGCUAUGGAGGAAGUUGAUAAAAUAUUAAUUCAUUCCCUUACACAAGUUGGGACGGAGGUUGGCGAGGAGGUUCAGACCGUGAAGCAGUUCUCCAGCGAGCUCAUCGUCGAAGCAGUAGUCCGAUGUCUCAGAGUGAUCGAACCAGCCCUUGGGAAUGGCCUCAGCCACAUCCUGCCUCCCGGAAUGUCGGCCAGAUUCCGUUUGGGAAUGAGCCUGGCACAGGCGUGUCAGGAUCUGGGCUACAAGGGGGAGAUUGGCUACCAGACUUUCCUGUACAGCAACGAGCCUGAGAUCCGAGCGCUGCUCAUGUACCUGGUGGAGAAGCUGCCCCGUGAGAGUGCAGAGAACUCCGACCAGCCCGCAGGCAAGUCCGCUGUGCUCCAGAGAUCCAUUGCUGCCAAGAUCAGAGCUCAGCUGGCAGUACCAUGGAUCCCUCCAUCCUGCAGGGCACCUCUGCUCUGCCGGUCCCAGAGUCCUGGACUGACACACAGCUUCCACACACAACAGCUCAGUUUACCUCACAAUCUGGCGUUGUCCGGCAAGAAAGUUCCAAAAGAGGUCAAGGAGUAUUGUGACAAAUUCCUGCCGCCAGUCACCGCCCAGCCUUCCCAGCAUGCCAUUCUCCCCGCCUCUCUGCUGGAGAGGAACUUGGCAGAGGUGAGCUCAGUGCAGCAGUGGGAGGCCGAGUGGAACAGUCAGGGCCUCGGGUCUCGGCUCAACCCUGAGGAGUAUAAAUCUCGGAAGCGACAGCGCCUUCAGAAGAGACUCCAGGACCAGCUGCGGCACUGCUCCCAGCAAGGCCCGGACUCCCAGCAUGCCUUGCGCUCCAGCUCGGACCUCGCUGAUGUGCUGCGUUCCUUCAGCGGGGGGGCAGGGGGGCGUGACGUGCUCACGAAGGGAACCCGAUUCACCCACACCGAGAAAUUCACCUUUACGCAGGAGCCUGAAAAAGUGGUCCAGCAGAUGCAGACAGCAGCCGACGCCCUCCCAGCCUCCAAACAAUCCGAGCAGGAUGUCCAGGCCCGGCAGGAAGAAGAAGUGACAUCUCUGCAGCAGGAAUUGGACCAGCUGUCUUCGCGGGUAGAGGAAGUAACUUCAGACGUGAAGAAACUCGCUGUGUCCAUGACCCAGGUGUCUGACGAGCUGAAGCAGAGGGAGCUGGGUAAUUGUGAGGAAGAAGAGUUGGUGCGAGUGAAGAAGCGGACCGUUGAGUUGCUGCCUGAUGCAGAGAACAACCUCCCCAAACUGCAGGCGCUGGUGGAGGGCAGUGCGAAGCGCAUAGUGAACCUGGCGUCUCAGUGGGAGAAGCACAGAGUGCCGCUCAUCGAGGAGCGCAGGAAGCUCAAGGAGCUUUGGGGCAGCAGAGAGCUGGAGUCCACUCGCCGUGUCGAUGAGCUCAGGAGUCUGCAUGACAAGACCAGACAAGCGGCUGAUGAAGCCAGAAAGAAAGAGGAGCUCUACAAACAGCUGAUGACGGAGUUUGAGAACCUGCCCGGUGAUGUCUCCAGGUCUGCGUACACACAGAGGAUACUAGAGAUCGUCGGCAACAUUAAAAAACAGAAAGAGGAGAUCACAAAGAUCCUUUCCGACACCAAGGACUUGCAGAAAGAGAUCAAUAGCCUUACUGGGAAGCUGGACCGGACCUUUGCCGUGACGGAUGAGCUGGUCUUCAAGGAUGCCAAGCGAGACGAGUCAGUCAGGAAAGCCUAUAAGUACCUGGCUGCUCUGCAUGAGAACUGCACGCAGCUUAUCCAGACCAUUGAAGACACAGGAACCAUCAUGAGAGAGAUCAGAGACUUGGAGGAGCAGAUUGAGACGGAAAAUGGGAAGAAGACUGUGAGUAAUCUGGAGAAAAUACUAGAAGACUACAAGGCAAUUCGACAGGAGAACUCCGCACUGGCAGCCAUGAUCCGGGACGCAUGAGCGAGUGCCUUCCUGCCAUCCAGCCUGCCUCCAUGCUCCCUGUUGGGGGUAAGCUAAGAGGAGACGAGUCCAGGAGAAGAAUCCACAAGACCCCCGACUCGGAACACUAGAACCAGAACUUCUACUCAUGGUCAUUCAGGCUUUGCUGAGCUGCCUAAAUCAUUACCGGACAUCCUCUCUUUCUGAUUCCCAGAAAACUUAAUGCAAAGGGUCUGUAAUAUGGAAAUUCUGCCUACGAGUGAUGUGUACCAUACCAGCUACCAUAUAUUUGCAGAACUUGAUUAUUGUUUCAUUUUUAGGGACAUUUAUGUGCUGCUCGUGCCUAUGCAUAAGUCUGUCAGCCACUUUAUGUGGUGAGCAAGAUAACUGUCUUGACUUUGCACCAAACUUUUAUCAUACACAUCCAGCCUUUUAAAUGUUUUGGAUAGGCUUUACUCCGAUAAGCUCUCAAUUAUUGUUAUUUUUUAAUACAUUGUUAAUCUUUCAGGUUCUGUGCGAUUAUUUCUCUGUUAUGAGGAUCCUAUGUGUGCGUGCACUGAUGGCCCGGUUUGGCGAUUUUGCUAAUUCUAUGGACUUGUCCCACUUUGCAUCCAUUUUAAGAGCACCAUCAAUCUUGGCCUACAUAUGAUCUGAUACACAUGGAGGCAAUAGGCAAGUUCUGCAAAUAGACCCAUAGUAGAAAUUUCAUUUUUGGCUGUCGCUUGUAGGUAGCAUCCAUCUUAUAGCCCCUUGCCCUUUCUCUUUUAAGGAGUGAUAAGCGAGUUUCAUGAAACACUUUGCAAGCUGCUAGCUAGCAACAGUAUAUUCUCUGCCUGUUUCACAUAACCAAUAUGUUAAUACAGAACAUGAUCCAUUUGCAGAAAUCGGCUCCGCUAGAUUGAUUUAAAGGAUAACGUUUUCUCUCUGUGGUCUAGAGAACUGCUUGUGCAGUUGUGAAGAAACUAAAGACAUUCUUUUAGCUCAGAGCUAUUAAACAUAACAGCAUCAUCUUGAUUUAAGAAGAAUAACAAAUCAAUGCAAUUUUAAAAGAUAAUCCAUUUAUUUUAAACUAGAAUCACGGAGCAUAAAUGUUACAAACAAGAGGAGGCCAUUCAGCCCAUCGUUGCUCAUCUGGUUCCUAGUAGCGGACAUUAGAACUUCGGGUCCUAAAGGAUCCCAGUGAUUCAGCAACAUGACUGGGUAACCCGUUCCAUCCCCUCACCGCUCUGUGUUACUCUGCUUUCAACUGCGUCCUCCUGUUUCUGUUCUGAUUGAAAUAGUAACUAGGUUUUGGAUUUGAAAAACUUCAGUCAUGUCCCCUAGGCCUUCCUUAUUCUUAAAUAAAUCCAGUUCUAGCACCCUAUCUUUACAACUUUGGGAUUAGUCUGGUUGCUCUUCUCUGGACUUUCCAGGGCCACACUGUCUCUUUGGUGCUGUCGUGACCAGAAUUGAAUGCAGUGUUCUCAGUGCGGUCUUGCCAGUGCAUUGUACAACCUCAUCAUAACCUCUUUGAAUGUGUACUCUACACUCUUAUUUUAAUUGCUGAAGACUGCAACUUAGAAAAGAUUUGAGAGACCAAGUGCUUUGCCCCAGUGCUUUAGAAUUGCCUUUCUCACACACUGAAAACAAAUGUGGUGUCAAAUGACAGUUUAAAACCAACAUAAGUGGACCCACACAAAAUUUCAGUCUCUGUUGGAUAAUCUGUGACAUUUCAUUUGAUCUGACAAAUAUAGAAAUGUGCUAAUGUCACUGUUCUAGGGAUAUAGAGAUGAAAAGUGAUUGUGCUUUAAACGGUGUGUCCACUGAGGUUUAUGUUUUCUGAUCCAUUUGACAGCACAUUUGCGGAACGUAGAUGAUGCGACAUGGCUAAUUUGGAUAGAACUCAAUGGUACACACACACAAACUGCCUUUAAGUUCAUGAGUACUUCAACAAUGUAAAAUGAUGUAAAUAUACAGGUAAUAUAGCAAAGUAACAAUAAAACAAAACAGGCUUUAUAUAACUUAAUUUAACUUCCCCUACCACCUCCCCCCCAUAGUUCAAAUAGAAAAUAUAAAUCUGUAACAAAAGUGAAAAACAAGCACUAGGUUUGUCAGGAAGUUGAUGGACCUUGAUCAGGUGCAUUGUUGGGGUUGUAGUUUUUUAACAGGCAAUUGUAGGCAUACAUAUACCAGUGCUGGCAUGGGAAGUGUGAAAAAAAAAAUAUAUACAUGUACAGCCAAUCUUUAUCCGAAACAAGGCUGGAGUGUUUAAUAAUGGACUGAAAUGUCAGAGUUUGAAUGAGAUUGAAACUCAAUGCUGCUCGAUGCUGGUUUAUAGUUAAUGCUCGCUCCUUUUCCACUUUUAUUUUUCAUAAGAACAUACGGCCCAUCUAAGCCUCUCCGUUUCCUAGUUGCUGAUUGAUCUGUAAACUUUGUUAUGUUUAAAGGAUCCCAGUGAUUCCGCAUCAGCAACAUGAGCAGGUAACCCAUUCCAUCCCCUCACAACUCUGUGCAUGAAGAAGGGUCUCCUUCAGCAACAUGACUAGGUAACCCAUUCCAUCUCCUCAUAACUCUGUGAAGAAGGGGUCUCCUUCCCUCUGUCCUAAGUGCGUCUCCACUUCAUUUCCAGCUAUGUCCUCUGGUCCUGGUUUCUGUGCUGCACUCAAAGCAUCAGUUCUGGUUAACUUUAUCAACUCCUUUUAAGAUUUUAAGGUCUUCAAUCAAUCAAUCAAUUCUUCUUUGUUCCAGGCUAAAUAGAUUCAGUCCCCUGUCUUCGUAGCUCAUUCCUUCAAGCCCUGCUGGGAUUAGUCUGGUUGCUCUUUGCUGGACUCUCUCCAGGGCCACAAUGUCCCUUUGGUAAUGUGUUGACCAGUUCAGCUGAUCAGAAACUCCUCCUAAACUGAAAGUGAUGAAACCUGCUGUAUAAUUAACAGAUUCAUGGUGUUCCAACAAAGAACCCCAAUCGAAUACUCUAAAAGCUAUGAUUUUUAUUUCUGUAUUUUGUGAGCCCCUGAAAAAUAAAAACUGAAAAGGAGCAAGCGGAUUGAUAGUUUAUGGAUCUUGGUUUGUUUGUUAGUAGUGAACUGAUUGGAGGUGUUUACUCUGGUACAGUUGGAAGCCUCACAAAUACAGCA